AUGACCUCGAGGUUUCCUACUACGGCGGAGUUCUUGUCAUUUCCAGAGCCUAAUUAUGUUGACCCAAUAACAAGAAGGCCGCUGGCGCUGGCGGUGGUGAUUCCAAUGACGGUGCUGGUUACUGCGUUCAUAUCGUGUCGUUUCUACUGCCGGACAGUUUUGAUACGGACGCUUGGAUGGGAUGACUGGACGAUGUUGGGCAGCAGCUAUAUUAUCGGUCGGGAGUAAUAUUAUGCUCAUCAUAUCCAUGUUACCAGAAUACCAGAUGGGCUACCACUUGUGGGACAUUAAACCUAUCAAGCUGUAUGGGAAGAUGCAAGCCGCGCAGAUGGGCAUGGCCUCGCAGCUACUCUUCACCUCCAUCAUCACCUUGAUGAAAGUCGCCAUUCUCAUGACAUAUCUGCGAAUCUUCCCAUCCAGGUUGAACAAGUGGUUCUGUCACAUCAUGAUCGUCUACACGGUCUCAUUGAAUGUCUCCUGUUUCUUCCUCACACUAUUCCAAUGCUCACCCGCGAGCACUUACUGGGAGAUCUUCAAGUACAUCGGAACCGCAAAAUGCCUCAACAUCAAGGCGAUCUAUUAUUUCCAUUCAGGCCAAAACACAAUUAGCGACUUUGUCAUCUUCCUCUGGCCAGCCAAGGAUCUCCUCAACGUCCAAGUCUCUUUCAGACAGCGCAUCACCCUGACCUGCAUGUUCUCGCUCGGCGUUAUUGUGUGCAUCGCAGGCGUCGUGCGACUGUACUACACACACCUAUACCUCACAUCCUACGACGUCUUCUGGCACGGCGCAUCCACUUUCAUAAUCAUGUCCGUCGAGUCCGGCGUCGGCGUCGCCUGCGGCUGUCUCCCCGGCUGCAAACCGCUCAUGAACCGCAUGUUCCCGCGCGUCUUCGCCAGCCCCUCGCAGGCAAACUCGUACCCGCGUCCCUCGGCCGCCGCACAAGCUCGCGCUGCCAAGAAACUUGACUCCUCGUCGGCCGCGGGCGAUUCGUACCACAUGCGAUCCUUGCGCUCGAAUGGGCUGGAUGAGAUUGUCACGGAGAAGGAAUUGCCUGCGCCCCCACCGCCGAGUAGGCAGGGUUUGCGGCCGCCGGGUGGGAGGGUGUUUGGGAAGGAGAGGAGGUAUGGGGUGCUGGAUGAUGUGAGUGAUUCGAGUAGUGAGAUGAUUAUUUUGCAGAGGAGGAGUGAGGAUCAGAGGUUUUGGGAGAGGGGGGAGCAGAAGGUGUAGUUGAUCACAAAACAAAAACAAUUACAUUCUUACUACAAUUG